UAUUUGACUCUUGCAUUUUCCCAAAGCCCAGCCCUUAUGGACUGUUGCUGCUUUCCUAAUAGUUAAUCGGGAGAUGGGCUUUGACUCCUUCAGCCUAUAAAAAGGGAAAGAGCAGCUGAGAGAAAAGGAGAGAGGACCAAGUUCUUCUUCAUCCAGCCAAGACAAGCUUACUUAGGGGCACAAGAUAUGACAAUGAGGUUUUUGUUCCUCUUGACUGGUCUGGCACUAUUGAGUGGGCCGUGUACAGCAAGUUCCCAAGGAAAGGAGUUUGUCACAGCCUUCAUGCUCAACAUCAAACAGAAUCAACGCAAUACUAAGCUUGAGUUGCUCAUCACUGGGUACCAUCCUGCAACCACCGUCACGGUCACAUCAAACAAAGCUACAUUCCAGAACACCGUUCCUGUCAAUGAAGGGGAAACUGUGUCCAUUGAGCUUCCAGCUUCCGCAGAGAUGGUGGGGACGGACACCUUUGACAGGGCUGUGACGAUCCGAGCAAACCAUGACAUCUCUGUCUUUUCCCGCAGCCACAAGGACUAUUCAACUGGUGCCAUGGUAGUGUACCCAGUCGAGCAACUGGGCACGUUGUAUUAUGUGGUAACCCCAGUGGGUGAAAUGGCAGACACUUUCAAGGAGUUUGCGGUUGUGGCCUAUCAAGCAGCCACUAGGGUCGACAUCCAUUUGACGGGGUCUGUGACAUUCAAAGGACAUGUUUAUCCCGCCGGGAGCAUUCUGGUUGUUAACCUCAAGGCCUUCCAAGCAAUCCAGCUGCAAAGCUUGCAGGAUCUAUCGGGCACCAAGGUUGAAUCAAGUGGACCUGUGGCUGUCUUGAGUGGGCACAGCUGUGCCAAGAACCACACACACUGUGACCAUGUUGUCGAGCAGCUCCUGCCCGUUUCACGCUGGGGUGCCACCUUCCUUGUGCCCCCAGUGUCCUUCCAGAGCAGAUAUGAUAUGGUGUAUAUCGUUGCAUCCCAAAACACUUCAGUCACAUAUCAAUCUGGACCCAUAGCAGGAAACUAUAAUAUGAGAGCUGGAGAAGCUAUUCAGUUGAGCAUUCAGCCCUCUCGGGCACUUUACAUCUCAGCUGACAGAGGAAUCCAAGUCCUUUUCUUCUUUACUGGUGCAUCAAGAGGAAGCACGAUCUAUGACCCAUUCCUCAUCAAUGUUCCUCCACUGACAAGCUCCUGUAGGUCAUACCGCAUUGAGGGAAUGGCCGGGUUUGAUAAUUAUGCAGUUAUUAUAGCCAAAACCUCAGAAACCGGUGAGAUCACGUUAGAGAAGAGGGCCGUUGAAAACAUCCAGUGGAGACCAAUCCCGGCCACAGAAUACUCCUCUGCUCAGCUCAGUUUGGGCAGAAAAGCUAGUUCCCUCUCCCUGGAGCACCCCAGCACUCCUUUUGGACUCUUCAUUUUUGGAGGCUCAUUCCGCGAUGGCUAUGGCUCCAUAGCUCUUUGCUCAUCUGUGUUUGAUCCAGACACAACCGUGGCUCCAUUAUCCUGCCCUGAGAACAGCCACUUUGAGGCCUGUGGAAGUGCCUGCCCAGCCACCUGCUCUCACAGAACUGCUCCCUCUGAGUGCACAGAGACCUGUGUGGAAAGCUGCCAGUGCAAUAGAGGCUACGUCCUCAGUGCUGAGAACUGCAUCCCAGUGGAGAGCUGCACCAACACUUCUAUGGCUCCCACUGACCCCCCAAUAGACUGUCCUGAGAACAGCCACUUUGACACCUGUGGGAAUCCCUGCCCAGCCACUUGUUCAGACAGAACUGCUCCCGAUGAAUGCACAGAUGACUGUGUGGAAAUCUGCCAGUGCGAUGAGGGAUACAUCCUUAAUGAUGAGAAAUGCGUCCCAGUCGAGAGCUGCCCCAGCACUUCGACAGUUCCCACCUCAGCCCCAGUACCCUGCCCUGAGAACAGCCACUUUGUGUCCUGUGGAACUCCAUGCCCAGCUACCUGUUCCGACAAAACUGCUCCCGAAACGUGCAAUGAUACCUGUGUGGCGGCCUGUCAGUGUGAUGAGGGUUAUAUCCUCAGUGCUGAAGCAUGCAUCCCAGUGGAGAAGUGCCCUUGCAUUUACAAAGGCAUGAGCUACAGCAGAGGAGAGGAGUUCUGGGCUGAUGAAGGCUGUCAUACUCGCUGCAAGUGUGACUCCAAAUUAGGGAAGGUUACAUGCACCAAGUCCUCCUGUAAGGCCAAUGAAAAAUGUGCCCUGGUGAAUGGCAUUUGGGGCUGUCAUCCCACCAGCUAUUCCACCUGCAUAGGAACUGGAGACCCUCACUACACCACCUUUGAUGGAAAGAAAUUUGACUUCAUGGGAACCUGCAUUUAUCAAAUGGCUGGAGUCUGCUCCAAGGACCCCACUCUCACCCCGUUUUUGGUCACGGUGGAGAACAACAACCGAGGCAGCAAGGCGGUGUCCUUCACCAAAGUGGUGACACUAGAGGUCUACAACAUGACCAUCAGUCUGAGCCAAGAACAUCCGCAGAAGAUUAAGGUGAAUGGAGUCUUUGUGGACCUGCCCUUCUCCCAUGGAAAGAAACUGAAGGUCUACAUCAGCGGAGUCCAUGGCUUCAUCAAAACAGACUUUGAUCUGAGAGUCAGCUUUGACUGGUACAGUUAUGCCAGGGUCAUUAUUCCCAGCACUUAUGCCAAUGCUGUGUGCGGACUGUGUGGCAAUGCUAACCAGGACCCCAGUGAUGACUUUGCUAUGAAGGAUGGAGCUCAGACAACAGAUGAAAUCCAGUUUGCAGACAGCUGGAAGUUGAAGGAGGUCCCAGGAUGCUCUGCAGGAUGCAGUGACUGCCCAGUAUGCAGUGAGGCAGAGAAGCAGACCUACAAGGGGGACCAGUUCUGUGGGAUCCUCAAGAGAAGGGAUGGGCCAUUCAGGCAGUGCCAUGAGACCAUUGACCCAACACCUUACUUUGAUGAUUGUGUUUUUGACACCUGCCAGUACAAGGGUCAUCACGACACUCUCUGCAGUGCCAUCAGUGCCUACGUGACAGCCUGCCAAUCUUUGGACAUUGAGGUUGGGAAAUGGAGAUCAGACUCUUUCUGCAGACUUCCCUGUCAACCCAAUUCCCACUAUCAGCUUUGUGGAAGUGGUUGUCCAAGCACAUGCCAGAACCGUUCCUCCACCAUAAAGUGUGGUGCACCAUGCGAUGCACCAUGUACUGAAGGAUGCUUUUGUGAUCCUGGAUUCGUGCUCAGUGGGGAUCAGUGUGUGCGUCUUGCAGAUUGUGGCUGUGUGCACCAGGGCAGAUACUACAAAAAGGGAGAGGAGUUUUAUCCCAGUAGCUCCUGCCAGGAGAAGUGCCGCUGCCUGGACAAUGGAGCCACCAAGUGCCAGCCUUUCUCCUGUGGAGCGCAUGAGGAGUGCAGGGUGGAGAACGGUAUCCAAGGCUGUCACCCUGCGGGAUAUGGUACAGCUAUAGCCCUUGGUGACCCCCUUUAUAUUUCCUUUGAUGGACAAAGCUUUCACUUCCAUGGCUCCUGCACUUACACCUUAGCCAAAGUCUGCAGCACAGACCCUCGGCUACAGAAUUUCUCCAUUUUGGUGGAGAAUGAGAAGCUUGGAAAUGGGCACCUUGCUCAGAUAAGGAAGGUUGUGGUCUCUGUUCACCAGCACACUAUUGUCCUCGAAAGGGGAAGGAAAUGGAUAGCUAUGGUGGAUGAAGAAUUCUGCACUUUGCCAGUGAAUAGAGACGAGGGGAAUCUCUGGAUCACUCAGGAGGGGAUCAAUAUAAUUGUCCAGGCGUCCUUUGGCCUCACAGUCCUUUAUGAUACCUCUUCCUACGUCCGUGUGACUGUCCCCAGCACCUACCAGGGACACAUGUGUGGUCUGGGUGGCAAUUUCAAUGGUGACGAGAGGGACGAUUUCAUGCUCCCUAGUGGGGAAUCCGCACAAACGGUGGAUGAGUUUGGGGCCUCCUGGCAGGUCCCUCUGGAUGGUGCCAUCUGCUCCAAUGGCUGUGGUGAGGAAUGCCCCACUUUUGAUACAGCCCAGACAGCACCGUAUGAGAACGAGGACUCCUGUGGAAUGAUCACGUCCGAGACAGGGCCAUUCAAAGACUGCUCCUCAUUAGUAAGCCCCUCGGAUUACCUUGAGCAAUGCCUGUAUGACUUGACCGCGGCCAAAGGGGAGCAGGAGUAUCUCUGCCGAAGCCUUCAAGCCUAUGCAGCUGCGUGCCAGUCUGCUGGAGUAAAGAUUGGAGCCUGGAGAACAAAGUCCUUCUGUCCCCUCACCUGCCCAGCCAAUAGUCACUAUGAGACAUGCACAAAACCAGUUUGCGAUUUCAGCUGUGCCAGCUUGUCCACUCCACUCCAGUGCACCAGAAAAUGCUUUGAAGGCUGUCAAUGUGAUGAUGGCUACUUAUUUGACGGAGAUACAUGUGUGCCUACAGACAAAUGUGGCUGCAUGCAUGAUGGUCUCUACCUCAAAGUAAAUGGACGUCCAGUAAGCCUGCCAUACAAGGUCUCUAAAGAGGUGUCUGUGAGCAAAGUUUACGAUGGGAUGCAGAUUGACCAGGCCUCUCAGGUGCAGGUUCUCCUUCAUCCCAGUGGAGAGGUGAGAGUGAAAGUCAGCAAGUCCCUCGCAGGGAAGCUGUGUGCCCCAUGUGGAAACUUCAAUGACGACAGCUCUGAUGAUCUGAAGAUGCCCACCAUGGCCAGGAGGCUGCUGCUGCUUUUGACCAGGCUGGCGCUCCUAUCUGAUACUUGCACUUUACUAAUUAUCUGUUCCUUCUGCCUUUCAGGGUUCUGUGGAGCAGAUUACCGUGGGAAGGAAUUUGUAACAUGCUACCUGCAGAACUACUUGGCAAGCCAGCAAAGUCCUAGGCUUGAGCUGCUUAUCACCGGAUAUCAUCCUGCAACCACCGUCACAGUCACAGUGAACAAAUCCUCAUUCCAGAAAACGGUUUUAGUCUAUGAGAAAGAUACAGUGUCUGUUGUGGUCCCGACCUCUUUGGAGUUGACGGGGAACAAUAUCUUUGAUGGGGUUGUCAGGAUCCAAGCUGACAAAGAUAUCUUAGUCUUUUCCUACAACUACAAGCUUACGUCAAGUGCUGCCACAGUCGUCUACCCAGUUCAUCAGCUGGGCACACAAUAUUAUGUGGUAACGCCAGAAGGGCAUCUCUCAAACACUUUCAAGGAAUUUGCAGUUGUAGCCUAUCAGUUUCCCACUCAAGUCACGAUUCACCUGAAAGGGGCCGUGACAUUCCAAGGGAAAGUUUAUGCUGCAGGGAGCAGGCUUGUUGUUGACCUCAAAGCCUUCCAAGCAAUUCAGCUGCAAAGCUCAGUUGAUUUGUCUGGCAGCAAGGUUGAAUCAGAUUCGCCCGUGGCUGUUUUGAGUGGGCACAGCUGUGCCAUACAGUUCUCAGAAUGUGACCAUGUCGUUGAGCAGCUCUUGCCUGUUUCCAGCUGGGGCACCACCUUCAUAGUUCCUCCACUGUCUUUUCAACCUAGAAUAGACAUUGUGUAUGUCAUCGCUUCCCAAAAUACUUUGAUCCAAUACCAGUCUGGGGUCAACCAAGGCUCCCGUCGUGCAGUGGCUGGAGAAAUCAUGCGGUUUGAGAAGCAGCCUUCUCAGGUCCUUUCCUUAUCUGCUGAUGUAGGAAUCCAGGUCCUUUUUUUCUACACUGGUACCAAUAAUGGAAAUUGCCAGUACGAUCCAUUCCUCAUCAAUGUUCCAGCCUUAACAAGCUAUUGCACGUCAUAUCACAUUGAUGGGAUUAGGGACUUUGAUAAUUUUGCUGUCAUCAUGGCCAAAACCUCAGUUUCUGGUGGGAUCACAUUGGAGAAAAAAGCCAUUACCAAUGUUGAAUGGGCACCAGUCCCUGGAACAGAAUAUUCUUUUGCUCUACUCAGCUUGGGCAAAGAAACCAGUGCCCUCUCUGUAGAACAUCCCACCACUCCUUUUGGACUCUUCAUCCUUGGAGGUGCCAAGAGCAAUGGUUAUGGCUCCGUGGCCAUUUGCUCCUGUGACAAACCAGUGUCUCCAUGCAGCUUGAUCCAGUGCAGGAAGAAGGAGAAGUGUGAAAUCAUAGGAGGUGAUCCAGUGUGUGUGCCAGAGUCUGAAUCCAACUGCUGGGCCCAAGGAGAUCCUCAUUAUCACACCUUCGAUGGGAAGAAAUUUGACUUCAUGGGCACCUGUACCUACACUAUUGCCAAGACUUGUGGCUCAGAUGCAACUCUUCCUUCCUUCAGUGUUGAAGCCAAGAAUGAGAACAGGGGAGGAAAUACUCGUGUUUCGUACAUUGGCUCUGUGACAGUCACAGUCUAUAACACCAUCAUCAAGGUGGUCAGAAAUGAGAAAGGCUUUGUGAGGGUGGACAACCUGCGGUUCCGCCUGCCCAUCUCCCUCCAUGAAGGAAAACUCCGUCUCUACCAGAGUGGGAGCUCUGUCUUCAUUGAGACAGAUUUCUCCCUGAAGGUCUCCUAUGACUGGAACACCUACCUGGUGGUGAAGCUCUCCAGCAGCUUUUAUGAAAAUGUCUGCGGACUUUGUGGCAACUACAAUGGAGACCCCGCUGAUGACUUCAGCAAACCCGAUGGGGCCUUGGCUCCCAACCCCAAUGAGUUUGGAAAGAGCUGGAAAGUAGACGAUGGUGACAGGUUGUGUUGGGAUGACUGCCACGGGGAAUGCAAAACCUGCUCCCCAGAAAUGGCCAAGAAGUAUGAAGGUGAACCAUUCUGUGGCUGGCUCAUCAAAGGAGAGGAUGGCCCAUUCAGCAAGUGUCAUGCUGUGAUCGACCCCAACCCCUAUCUGGGGAACUGUGUCUAUGACCUCUGCUUGAAUGAUGGGCUGAAGGAGCUUCUUUGUGAUGCGCUGAAUACCUACGCAGUUGCUUGCCAGGAAAAGGGAGUUGCUAUAUCUGACUGGAGGACCCGCACUGGUUGCGGUGCAUCCUGCCCCGAGAACAGCCAUUAUGAGCUCUGUGGGUCUCCAUGUCCUGCCACCUGCAAUGACCAAGCUGGGCCCAAGAAUUGCUCCUCGAUGUGUUGCGUGGAAGGCUGCCAAUGUAACGAGGGCUUUGUGUUGGAUGCUGGGAAAUGCAUCCCCAGGUCUGCCUGUGGGUGCGUGUUUGAGGGGAAGCACCUGCUUCCCGGUGAGCACUUCUGGGGAGACAAGACAUGUACGAAAAGGUGCUUCUGUGACCCACAGACAAGACAAGUGAGCUGCCAGGCAGUGAGCUGCGGAAAGGGAACGGAGUGUAGGGUCGAGGGUGGCAUCCAGAACUGCUACCCAACCGAUUUUGGCAACUGCUCUGCCUCUGGCGACCCGCACUACAUUAGCUUUGAUGGCCGGAAGUUUGACUUCCAGGGCACCUGCGUGUAUCAGUUGACUGGGCUGUGUGAGAAGAGGGAAGACCUGGUCGAUUUCCAGGUCCUCGUCGAAAAUGACCAGCGAGGCGGCCAGUCUGUGUCCUAUACCCGGACUGUAGAGGUGAAAGUUUAUGGGGCAUCCAUUGUGAUGAGCAGAGGGAACCCUGCAAAAGUCAAGGUGAACGACUUGCUGACCAACCUGCCCUACAGCAUCGACAUCAACAGAAUCUCCGUAUACAGGAAAGGGCAAGGGGCAGUGGUCCAGACAGACUUCCAACUGACUGUCAUCUUUGAUGGGAUCAGUCGGGUCACUGUGUCUGUGCCCAGCAGCUACCGUGGUGCUCUGUGUGGUCUCUGUGGGAACUUCAAUGGCAACAAGCAGGACGAUCUGACCAUGAAAGAUGGCACAGUGGCUCCGCACCCAUCAGACUUUGGUCAGAGCUGGAAAGUGCGGGAGGUGCCAGGCUGCAGCAAAGGGGGCACGGAAGAAUGCCCUGCUCUGUCAGCCAUUGAGAAGAAUCAACGGAACCUCAACAAGGAGUGUGGGCUCAUCCUAGCCAAGAGCGGCCCCUUCAGAGAAUGUCACAGCAAAGUGGAUCCAGAAGGAUACUUCCAAGAUUGUGUGUACGAUUAUUGCUUCUUUGAUGGCCAACAAGCUGUGAUCUGCCAGGUCAUUGCCAGCUAUGCUGCAGCGUGCCAGGAAGCUGGGGUGACCAUCUAUCCUUGGAGAUCGGACACCUUCUGCAGUCUUUCCUGCGCUCCGAAUAGCCACUACGAGCUCUGUGCGAGAGGCUGUGCUCAGACCUGCGGCAGCUUUUAUGCUUCAGUCCCUUGUUCGGCUACGUGCCACGAAGACUGCGUGUGCGACGAGGGCUUUUUGCUGAGCGGCGAUCAAUGCGUGCCCACGUCCCGGUGCGGCUGUCACUACCAAGGCCACUACUACCCGGCAGGAGAGACUUUCUAUCCAACCUGUCAGGAGCGUUGCAUGUGCCACGCUGGGGGGAGUAUUGGGUGUGUCUCAUUCUCCUGUGGCCCCAAUCAGGAAUGCCGCUUGUCAGAUGGCGUCCGGAAAUGCUACCCUGUAGGCAAUGCCACCUGUUCUGGUUCGGGUGACCCUCACUAUCUCUCCUUCGAUGGACGGGCCUUUGACUUCCAAGGCACCUGCACCUAUACCUUGGCUACGGUUAACACAGGCAACCGGCUCUUGAGAUCCUUUACUGUCAAUGUGGAAAACGAGGCCUGGGGGAAUGGAAAGGUGUCCGUUACCAAGAUGGUUUCUCUCUCAGUCUACGGCAUUACACUUACAUUACUGCAGAACAAGCAAGGUCAAGUGAUGGUGAAUGGCUUGAUCUACACCGUCCCUAUAUCCUUGUCUGCUGGGCGGAUCAGAGCCUAUCAACACGGCACAAAAAUCCUGAUAGAAACUGACUUUGGUCUCAUUGUGAGCUACGACCUGGUUUACCGUGUGACAGUCACAGUCCCAAGUACUUACCAGAGUGAGAUGCGAGGCCUCUGUGGGAACUACAACGGGCAGAAGGAUGACGACUUCCUGCUACCCGAUGGGAGCACAACUUCCAAUGCAGGUGACUUUGGUGCUUCCUGGAAGGUUCCAGUCCAUGGGGCAGCUGGAUCUUGCUCAGAUGGAUGCUCUGGAAGCAGCUGCCCGGUCUGCGAUGAAAGGAAGAAGGAGAUCUUCAAACAGCGCCACUACUGCGGGAUCCUCACUGCGUCUGAUGGCCCCUUCAGGGCUUGCCAUGGAAAGGUCGAUGCCAACGUAUACUUCAACGACUGCAUCUAUGACCUGUGCAUGGGCAACGGGGACAGCCAGAUCUUGUGCAACAGCAUCCAGAGCUACGUAUCUGCCUGCCAAGCAACUGGAGUCUCUGUCGAGCCUUGGAGGAGCCCUUGCUUCUGUCCUAUGCGCUGCCCUGCCAACAGUCACUAUGAGAUCUGCGCCCAGCUCUGCCCCACCUCCUGUGCCAAGAUCACAGACCCUGCACCCUGUCCGAAGACUUGUGCUGAGGGCUGCCAGUGUAAUGAUGGUUUCUUCUUUGAUGGUGUUGGCUGUGUCCCUGCAAAAGACUGUGGGUGCAUAAAGAAUGGACGCUACUACAAGCCCAAUGAGAAGGUUCUGCUGAAUGCAUGUCAGGAGAUCUGCCACUGCAUCCCAGGCCUGGGAGUGAUUUGUGAGGCCCACAACUGCGCUGCUGAUGAGAUGUGCAAGAUCCAAGAUGGAGUCAUGGGUUGCAUUAAUAAGGAUCCAUGUAAAUCCCUGAAGUGCCGAGAAAAAGAAACAUGCAGGAUUGUGAAUGGCCAGGCCAAAUGCAUCCCUAACUUCUCAGGAAUUUGCUGGGCCUGGGGGGACCCACACUACCAAACCUUUGACAAAAAGAAGUUUGAUUUCCAGGGCACUUGUUCUUACACUAUUGCCAAGUACUGCGGGAAUGAUGCUACACUGGUGCCUUUCACUAUCGAUGAGAAGAACGACAACAGGGGCAACCAGGCUGUGUCCUACGUGCGUCUGACCAACAUCUAUGUCUAUGGGUACAAGAUCUCCAUCCACAAACAGGAAACUGGAAGAAUCCGGCUGAACGACAACAUUGUCAGCCUGCCACUGACUCUUGAAUAUGGCAAGAUCAGGCUGUACCAGAGUGGCACCAAUGCUGUCCUGCAAACAGAUUUCGGCCUCCAAGUGACGUACGAUUGGAAAUGGCACCUGGUGAUCACUCUCCCCAGCAGUUACUAUGGGACCAUCUGUGGGCUGUGUGGAAACUUCAACCAAAACCCUGCAGACGACAUGGUCUUUCCCAAUGGCACCAAGGCUGCCUCCAUCAUAAGCUGGGCCAGCAGCUGGAAAGUCAAGGACCGGGACCCCUUUUGCUGGGAUUAUUGCCGAGGGAAUUGCCCAACAUGUGAUGAGAGCAAGAGGGCGCUGUAUGGAAAGGAAGAGUACUGUGGGCUGAUCAGCAAAACCUCAGGGGGCCCCUUCAGAGAAUGCCAUUCCAUAGUGAAUCCAGAUGACUUCUUUGACAGCUGCAUUUAUGACGUGUGUCUCAAUGGAGGAGCCAAGAACAUCCUUUGCCAGGCCUUGGAGGCCUAUGCUAAAACCUGUAGGAAAGAGGGUGCCACCAUAUACGAUUGGAGGACAGCCUCUGGCUGUGCCUUGCCGUGCCCUCAGAAUAGCCACUAUGAGUUCUGUGGCAAUGCCUGCCCUGCCAGCUGCUCUGACCGCACGGCUCCCUCUUUCUGCACGCAGCCAUGCGUGGAAACCUGCCAGUGCAACGAUGGCUACGUCCUCAGUGUCGACAAGUGUGUGCCUGUUGGGAGCUGUGGCUGCACCUACAAUGGGCUCUACUACAAACCCGGAGAGGAAUUCUGGGCUGAUGAGACCUGUGGUUUCCGCUGCACAUGUGAUCCCACCCUGGGCUUUGCGGUGUGCAAGCCAGCUGGCUGCAAAGCCAGUGAGCAGUGCACCGUGGUCAAUGGAGUCCGGGGCUGUUAUCCCAUAAGCACCGCUACUUGCUCAGCAACUGGGGACCCUCACUAUAUGACUUUUGAUGGGAAGAAAUAUGACUUCAUGGGCACCUGUGUCUACCAGCUGGUUGGGCUCUGCUCUAAGGACCCGACUCUCAGGCCUUUCACUGUCAAUGUAGAGAACAACAACCGAGGCAACCCAAAAGUGUCUUACACCAAAGUGGUGACAUUGAAGGUCUAUGAUGUAACCGUGAUUAUGAGUCAGGAGCAUCCACGCAGGAUCCAGGUCAAUGGCGUCUUUGUGAACCUGCCUUUCUACCAUGAAGACAAGAUAAAAGCUUACAUCAGUGGAAAUGAGGGCGUCAUCAAGACUGAUUUUGGCCUGACGGUAGCCUUUGACUGGAACACCAAUGCCAAAGUCACUGUACCCAGUACGUACGCCAAUGCCGUUUGUGGCCUCUGUGGCAACAACAACUUGAACCCCAAUGAUGACUUGACCAUGAAGGAUGGGAGUCAUGCAUCCAGCAUCUCCCAAUUUGCAGAGAGCUGGAAAGUUGGAGAGGCCCCUGGGUGCACACCGGGUUGCACCACCGAUUGCCCGCCAUGUGGAGAUGCGCAGAAAGAAACCUACAAGGGCGACCAGUACUGUGGCAUCCUCAUCAAAAAGGAUGGGCCAUUCUGGAGAUGCCAUGAUGUCCUUGACCCAACACCCUACUUCACAGAUUGCGUCUUUGACACCUGCCAGUAUCAUGGUCAGCAUAAAAUUAUGUGUGAUGCCAUCAGCGUCUACGUGGCAGCAUGUCAGGCUCUGGAUGUUGAGAUUGAAGAAUGGAGAUCAAACUCUUUCUGCAGCCCUGCCUGCUCACCCAACUCUUACUACGAGCUCUGCGGAAACGGCUGCCCUGCCACUUGUCGUGGUCUCUCGGCUCCUGAUUGCUGUGAGAUGUCCUGCAAAGAAGGAUGCUAUUGCAACCCAGGGUUUAUCUUGAGUGGGGACCAAUGUGUCUCCAUUGGCGAUUGUGGCUGUGAGCACCAGGGCAACUACUACAAGAAGGGAGAGGUUUUCUACCCAGGUUCCUCUUGCCAGAAACGAUGCCAAUGUGCAGACAAUGGAGUUGUCCAAUGCGUGGACUUCUCCUGUGGGCCCCAUGAGGAAUGUAGGGUAAAGGACGGUGUCCACGGCUGUCAUCCUGUAGGCUCUGGUACAUGCAGUUUGGCCGCAGGCUCCCACUACCUAACUUUUGAUGGACGGGCCUACGACUUCCAAGGAACCUGCACUUAUACUUUAGCUAAAGUUGUCAGUGUGGGUUCUCAGCUGGCAAACUUCUCAGUGGUGGUGGAGAAUGAAAAGUCUUUUACCAAGAUGGUUGUGGUCUCUUGUCAUGGAUAUACCGUUGUCAUUGAGAGGGCAAUAAAGUGGAAAGUCAAGGUGAAUGGAGAGCUCUACACUCUGCCCAUGAAGACAAAGGAUGGGAAACUCUGGGCCAACCAGGAAGGCAACAAUAUCAUUGUCCAGUCCAACUUGGGUCUCCAAGUCCUUUUUGACACCUCCUCUUAUGUCCUGGUGUCUGUCCCCAGUAACUAUCAGGGACUUGUCAAUGGCCUAUGUGGCAAUUUCAAUAAGGACAAGACUGAUGACUUUACUCUACCCACGGGGGAAAGAACCCAGAAUGUGAUCGAGUUUGGGGCCUCUUGGAAGGUUCCCAUUGAUGGUAUCAGAUGCUCUGAUGGUUGUGGAGAUAAAUGCCCCGUCUGUGAUGCAGCCAAGACAGCGCCGUACCGACCGGAGAGUUCCUGCGGAAUGAUCCAAGCCCAAUCCGGCCCCUUCAAGAGCUGUCACUCCGUGGUGGACCCUGCUGAAUACUUCAACCACUGUCUGUAUGACAUGUGUGCAGCCAAUGGUGCCGGAGAAACUCUCUGUAGGAGCAUCCAGGCUUACGUAGCUGCAUGUCAGGCUGCAGGAGUUACAAUUGGAGCCUGGAGAACAAACAACUUCUGCCCUCUCACUUGCCCAUCCAACAGCCACUACGAGUUGUGUACAAAGACCUGUGAUUUCACUUGCACCAGCUUAUCCACUCCAGGCCGGUGCACAAAACAAUGCUUUGAAGGUUGCCAGUGUGAUUAUGGCUACCUGUUUGACGGUGACAGGUGUGUGGCAGUGGGGAACUGUGGCUGUUCCCAUGAUGGGCGCUACAUAAAGGCUGGCGAGACUAUUGUUUUUGAAGGUUGUUCAACCAGCUGCACUUGUCGCCCAACCGGCCAACUGGUCUGUGAGGGAACUAGCUGCCAGUUAGGAGAGAUUUGUCGCCUCCACAAUGGUGUGCGUGGUUGCAGGGGGCAGGAAGGCGAGUGCAUCAUCGUCCCUGGAGCACGGUUGACCUCCUUUGAUGGCGUCUCUGGAGGAAUCCUUUAUGAAGGAGCUUACGAGGUGGCUUCCCUUUGCAAUGAAAAUGACCUCUUUUGGUUCAGGAUCAUAGCAGUGGUCAAGAAAUGCAACGAAAUGGAUUUGCCAUCAGUGUCGAUAAUACACGUAUUUUUCCAAAGGAUGCUUAUCACUGUAAAAACAAACAAGGAGGCAUGGGUCAAUGGGCACCAAGUGACACUCCCGGCAAUGGUAUCUGCAGGUGUCUCCAUAAGCCUCUCUCAGGAUGGCGUCGUGAUUAAUUUGGCCUCUGAUGUAAAAGUUCUCCUCAGAGCCUGCGGGGAAAUGACAGUGGAAGUCAGCGAAAGCCUGGAAGGAAAACUCUGUGCCUCCUGUGGCAACUUCAAUGGAAAUGGUAUUGAUGACCUGAAGCUGCCCAAUGGGAACGUAGCAGGAAAUAUUGCUGAGGUCAUUGAUGCCUGGAAGGCCAAGGACUUCACUAGCUGUGAUGUCUGAUCCAAAGGGAGCGACUCCCCCUGCUGCUUAACUGUUGGCGUCAACUAUUUGCAUCUGAGCUUGGAGCAAAACUGUUCUGCAUAGAGUAUUCCCUGGUUUCACAUCUUCGUGUUUUCCAACCUGCUAUCUGAUUGCCAAACAAAAUGAUGACGCUUUUUCCUGAGAAUCAAUAAAUCCUCUCUUUUUUUGGAAAGCUUUUCUACACUGA